AAGCACAAGCCAAUAGGUCCCUCCCCUACCUCUUGUGUUUGAAUGCACACUCUCUGAUCUCUCACACAAUCCUAAUUUAACCUUCCUCGAUCGUCUCACCUGUGCUUAUCAGAAGAACUCAGACAGAGGAACCAGACAUGAAGUUGCCAAUGGGCAUCACGCUCACACUCACACUCCUUCUGUUGCUUCAGAACCUCCAACAAGUAUCCACUGAUAUUCCUGACAGUUGGGAAAGAGUAAAUGAUAUAACAUCUGAAAAUGACAAUGGAGGAGAGUCAUUUCAAGAAGAAACCAAUACUAAACCAACAGGAGAAAAUUACUUAGGCGAUGUGAAUACUCAGGUGACACCACAGAACAGCGAGAGCAGUUCAGAAAAGGAGGGAAAAUCAUAUGGCUCCUUUAAUAUUGGAAAUGAACAGCAGGACCAGAAUCCCGCAGCUACGACGCCGAUGCCUCCAGCAGCAGGCGUGCUGCCUUAUAAUGAGACAGAGGUAGGAAAUUCUGAGAGCCCUGCAACUACAACACCACCUCAAACAGGACUUAAUUCCAGUUCUGACCUCUCAGAAACAUCAGCGGAACACAAUGAUACAGAGACACAAGAGACAACACCAAAUCCCGUCACAUCCGAGCCGACCCAGACCACUGAAGCCGAUCUUUAUGGCACACAUGCUGAUCCAAAGCCAGAGAAUACCACCGGAGACAGCAGCCAUUACGAAACAGGUUCUGGAUAUAUUCCCUCAGAGGCACCUGCUGAGAACCCAACCACCACGACAGAAGCUCCUGAAGAUCAAGAGAACAUGCAGAACGUGACUACAGUGAAGCCAUCUGAACCACCAGCAUACAGAACAACAAAGCGUGUGACUCCACCUGCCAUCCCAGAGAUGGAGACCACUGCAGCAGACAUAGAGAAUACAGAAAUAGACCUAAAUGGAUCUUCUGACAUCAGGGGCGAUUUGGCAAAAGGUUUAACUUCAGACGGCGUUCAAGACACAAAGAAAAACCAGGGAUGGGGUGUCAUCCUGGUGGUUGGGAUUAUUGUGGCGGUCAUUGCCUUGACAGCAUUUCUCGUACUUAAUCGAAGGAACAGAAGAGAUUUCACUCACAGAAAACUGGUGGAAGACGUCACACCUGAUCCAGUUCUCCGACUGGAUAAUAGCGAGCCACUGGACUUUGGUUACUACAAUCCAGGUCUGCAGGGUGACAACAUUCGGAUGACCAACUUUCCACAGGGCCGUACAAACUAAGAGGAGAUCUGUGAUGCCAAAGACACUUUAUUUAGUUUAAGACACUCGUUUGAAGACAGAAGGUUGUAAUGAAGAAAAGAUUUGAAUCUUUGCCAAAUGAAAUGGUUUUACACAAGUGCACAAUAAAAAAAAUUGUUGUGGGUGUCUUUUGAAGGAACCAGAAACAAAGGAACCAAGAAUAUUUAUUUGAAAUUCAAAAUACUGUAGAUGUCAUGCCUUUAAUUUUAUGUGUUGUUUCAUCUGAAGGUCUAAUUUCUUGACAUUUAUAUUGUAGUUUGAUUCGAUUUCUGAUCUGUCAAUAUAAACAAAACGUUACGUUACAACUAUUGCACACUUGGAUGUACUGUGUGUAAGAAGACGUAUGAACUGGUGGAUAUCUUUCUUCUGGGCCUAUAAUGUCUGUAAAAUAGUUUACAAAAGAUUUUAGUAAUCUGAAAAAGUAUUGUAAAAGUGAAUCAAUAUCAUAUAUAUAUAAUAAAUGAUGAACCAACAUA